ACAAGGAAUGCUCGUCUGUAGGUUUAUCCUAAUGAUUUAUAUAGCUAAAAUGUGUAACAGCGCGUAUGUAUAUUUGCUCGGCCCUGCCUUAAAGCAUCUUCAUCCACUGAGGGAAAAAAAAGAUGCCGCUGUAAAACUUUUCAGUGCUGACGAGAGAAAGGGAGAGAAUUGACGCGAUGGGUGAGGACGAUAAAACAGAGUGAAGAACUUUUCAUACGGCCCUUCGUCGUCAAGGAGGAUCAGUAUGAUUACAUAGAUACCAUCUUUAUUGGUUCAAUGAAAAGAGACAAAAGUUUUGGGCGAAGUAUGGCGCGAGAGACCGGAGAAACGAAAAGUACCAAAGUGAAAAAGCAUAAAAGAAGGAAAAGCAAAAAGGAGAGCAAAACAAGGAUUGUGCACGCCAACAUUUUAUAUGACCAUACCAAAGGAGGGUAUAACCCCAACAGACACUAUGCAAACAAUAAGAUCAAAACCACAAAAUACACUCUGCUUUCUUUCCUACCGAAGAACCUCUUCGAGCAAUUCCACCGAUUUGCCAACGUGUAUUUUGUUUUUAUAGCCUUACUGAAUUUCGUGCCUGUGGUCAAUGCUUUUCAACCAGAGUUGGCUCUUGCCCCUGUGGUUUUUAUUUUGUCCGUUACCGCUAUCAAGGAUUUAUGGGAGGAUUACAGACGACACCGCUCGGAUAAAGAAAUCAAUCAUAUGGACUGUCUCGUUUACAGCAGGAGUGAGAAACAGUAUGUGGAGAAAUACUGGAAAGAGGUGCGGGUCGGAGACUUCAUACGUCUGCGCUGCAAUGAGAUUCUGCCAGCGGAUGUUCUGCUGCUCAGCAGCAGCGACCCGGACCGCCUAUGUCACAUUGAGACGGCCACACUGGACGGUGAAACCAACCUCAAGCAGAGGCAGGUGGUGCGCAGCUUUAUCGACCUGGACUGUGAGUUUGACCCAUUAAAAUACUUCAGUGUUAUUGAAUGUGAGAAGCCCAACAAUGACCUCAACAGAUUUCGCGGAUACAUAAUUCAUCGUAGUGGUAGGAGAGACGGUCUGUACAAAGACAAUCUGCUGCUCAGGGGCUGCACCAUCCGCAACACAGAGGAGGCUGUCGGAAUCGUCAUCUAUGCAGGUCAUGAGACAAAAGCAAUGCUGAACAACAAUGGCCCUCGUUAUAAACGCAGCAAACUGGAGCGGCAGAUGAACGUUGAUGUGUUCUGGUGUGUCAUCAUCCUCCUGGUCAUGUGCCUCUUUUCUGCCAUUGGACAUGGCCUGUGGAUGUUUCAGUAUGGAGAUAAGAAGCCUGUCUUUGACGUCCUGAGCCCAGAAGGAACAGACAUAUCUCCAGUGGUCUCAGCCAUUUAUCUCUUCCUGACCAUGAUUAUAGUAUUCCAGGUGUUGAUCCCAAUCUCGCUCUUUGUUUCCAUUGAAAUAGUGAAGAUAUGCCAGGUGUACUUCAUCCAUGAGGACAUGGAGCUGUACGAUGAGGAAACAGACUCUCACCUCCAGUGCAGGGCUCUGAACAUCACAGAAGACCUUGGCCAGAUGCAGUACAUUUUCUCUGAUAAGACCGGCACGCUCACGGAAAACAAGAUGGUGUUUCGCCGUUGUACUGUGGCAGGAGUCGAGUACUCGCAUGAUGCCAAUGCGAGGAGGCUUGCUAUGUACCAGGAAAUGGAUUCAGAGGAGGACGACUGUACAUCUCAUGGUGGAACUCUCCCACGGCGGGACAGCGUCACCAGCCACCAGAGUGGAAAAGUGGUGUUGAGAUCACAGAGCACCAAAUCUCACCGUCGCACCGGGAGCAGAGCCGAAGCCAAACGGGCCAGCAUUCUGUCCAAACACACUGCCUUCAGCAGUCCCAUGGAAAAGGACAUUACUCCAGAUCCCCAGCUCAUGGAUAAAGUCAGUGAGUGUAGUAGUCAGAUGGAGUUCAUGCGUUUUCACAGUCAGCCCCUGAACCAGAUUCCCCCUGACCUGUGUGACAUCUUUGACUUUUUCAUCGCCCUCACUAUCUGCAACACUGUGGUUGUUUCAUCACCCAAUCAACCCCGCCAGAAGGUGCGUCGCUACGAGUUGAAGUCUCCAGUGAAGACCAUUGAGGACUUCAUCAAGCGCUUCACUCCGAGCCGUCUGACCUCUGGCUCCAACAGCAGCAGCUCCUCCAGUCUGGCCACCAACCGCUCGUCCUCCCAUAAAGUGGGCUGCAGCCUGUUGUCUUCCCCCUCGGCCGAGAGCACGCUCACCAAGCUGAACGAGGAGAAGCGUCCAGAGCAUGACCUGCAGCAUGCCUUCAGCCCCGUCCCACCCAACUUUGAAAAAACAAAAGCUUUGGCUCAAGAUGAAUGCGAGCUCCGAUAUGAGGCAGAGUCACCGGAUGAGGCAGCGCUGGUUUAUGCAGCCCGGGCCUAUAAGUGUGCUCUUGUCGGUCGUUUACCGGAUCAGGUGACCGUAGAGCUUCCACACUUGGGCAAGUUGGGCUUCGAGCUUCUGCACACACUGGGCUUUGAUUCCACAAGAAAGAGGAUGUCGGUGGUGGUAAAACACCCGCUAACCGAACAAAUCACAGUCUACUCCAAGGGUGCUGAUUCAGUCAUCAUGGAUUUGAUCAGACCAGCCACAGAUGAUUGCAAAGGAAAGCGACAAAGGAAAAUCUUGUAUAAAACGCAAAACUACUUAAAUCUUUAUGCUGCAGAUGGUCUCAGAACACUCUGUAUCGCCAAAAAGGUUCUCAGUAAGGAAGAGUAUGCAAGUUGGCUACAACGCCACCUGGAAGCUGAGACGGCCAUACAGAGGAGGGAGGAGCUGCUAUUUGAGUCUGCAUUAAGACUAGAGACCAAUCUCCAACUUCUGGGAGCAACAGGUAUUGAGGACAGACUUCAGGAUGGGGUUCCCGAGACCAUUGCCUCUCUGAGGAAAGCGGGCCUUCAGAUCUGGGUGCUGACAGGAGAUAAACAAGAGACUGCCAUCAACAUUGCCUAUGCCUGCAAACUGCUGGACCCAGAGGAGGAGAUGAUCACUCUUAAUGCUGACUCACAGGAGGCCUGUGCUGUAUUGCUCGAGAACAGUCUGCACUACAUCCAGGCCAAGUUCCUUUGCAACCCUCAACCAGAUCCUCAAGCAGCUAGAGACUAUGCUGGCAUCCACUUCUCUUCUCCGGUGGGUUCCUCGGCCUCCUCUGGCCACUCCAGCCCCUUCCUGGUGCACCGGCUAGGGCUGGUGAUCGACGGCCGGACCUUGGCCUACGCACUGGACAAGAGUUUGGAGGACAAGUUCCUUGCUGUGGCUCGAAGUUGCAGGUCCGUUCUAUGCUGUCGCUCGACGCCCUUGCAGAAGAGCAUGGUGGUCAAGUUAGUGCGUAACAAGCUCAAGGUCAUGACGUUGGCAAUAGGUAAGUGGUGGAUUUGUUUGGUUGUUUUUUAUGAUUUAUCUCUUACAGUGUUUGUUGCAAAUGCUUAUUCUCAAGCUGUAAUGGCCAGUGACUUUGCCCUGCCACGAUUUCGAUACCUGCAGAAGCUGCUCUUGGUUCACGGCCAUUGGUGUUACUCUCGUCUUGCCAACAUGAUCCUCUACUUCUUCUACAAAAACGCUAUGUUUGUUGCCCUCAUCUUCUGGUAUCAGUUCUACUGUGGGUUCUCUGGGUCAGCCAUGGUUGAUCAGUGGUACCUGAUCUUCUUCAACCUGAUGUUCUCUGCAUUCCCUCAGCUCAUCACCGGCACCCUGGACAAAGAUGUGUCAGCAGAAAACCUGCAGGAGUUGCCGCAGCUCUACAUGAAUGGGCAAAACUCAGAGGAAUAUAAACCCUACAUGUUCUGGAUGAACAUGAUUGAUGCCUUCUACCAAAGCCUCAUCUGUUUCUUCAUCCCUUACUUUGCUUACGUUGACUCUGAUGUGGAUUUGUUUACAUGGGGCACUCCCAUCACCACCUUGGCACUCUUCACCAUUUUGCUGCACUUGGGCAUCGAAACCAAAACCUGGACAUGGAUGAACUGGGUGUCGAUUGGCUUCAGUAUAGCUCUCUUCUUUACUGUGGCGCUGUGCUACAAUGCUUCCUGCCCAACCUGUUUCUCUCCAUCCAACACUUAUUGGACCAUGCAGAGGCAGCUGGGAGAUCCUAUAUUCUACCUGCUAUGUGUUGUCACACCUAUUGCCGCUCUUCUUCCCAGAUACUUUUAUAGAGCUUGUCAGGGAACUCUGUUCCCAAACCCUGUCCACGUGGGAAGACAACUGGACAAACUGCCAGUGGACAUGCGCAGGAUCUUCCUGAGUCAGAGCCAGAUGAAGCUGGACUCCCUCGGGUCACUGUUUGCCCCCCGUGCCCCAUUUUUCCCUGUCUGCAGGCCUUUCCAGAAAGACUACAGGCUCAGGGUAAAACAAACCCACAUGAGUGGCACCAAACAGAAGGAGAAAGCUAUAGCCAGCCCCAUCCCAUCAAAGAGCAUGGAGAUGCGGGACACACCUUUAAGCUCAAAAAACUCUGACAACCAUAUCACACUCAACUUCAGAAUGCAGGAAGAAGUUCAGUCCUGCAGACAGGGCUCAGACAACCCCCUAUCUGAGAGCUUACACUGCAUGAAGGAACCUUUGAGUCCCAUUACAGGCACUCUGCCGUACACCAAAGACACUCCUGGCUCCAGGACUAUUUUGGAUAGCACAGGCUUGGAGGCCCCGCUGAGCCCAAUAGACCUCUGUCAGGUUGGGUUGCUCACCUCCACUCCAUUGCUUCCUCAAACCGAGACUAUGCAGCUCAUGUCGCCACCCGGAAGUUGUUUUUUGGGACAAAAGCUAGAUGACGAGGACCAUUCAAACCAAAAGUCCCUACUGAAACAAGCCGGGGAUGUGGAUCACACCCAGUCUACUAGCUGCCUACAGGAACAUUCACUCAAAACAACAUUUCUAUGAUGCUUUCUACCUGUUACGCUGAUUCAAAUUUGCACGUUAGCUUUAAGAAAUUUUAUUAUAUAUUCAUGAUUAUUUUAUGAAGAUAUAGGUUGGUACUACACAUGUAUACAUGUAUAAAGUUUAGAAUAAAUGUUUUUUAUUUUUUUGAGAAAGAGUGGCCAGCAUAUGCAAACUGGAUGGUCUUAUGAUUUACUUUGACUGACUUUUUUUUUUUUUUUUAAUCCAUCUCAAAAGUGGAGGAGGUUUGUUUCUCGAGGCAGAAGCAGUCCAGAGACAUUCCUUUAUCUGUUUAUUUGAACCUGGAUGUUCUGGCGCACUUUAAAGAACCUUCCUCUCCUACCUUUAGACACUGCUGAUAGCUCUAUACAUUUGUAUUUCCCCAUCCCAGUACUAAAAAAAAUCAUAGUACCCUUCAAUGUCUGAAGCUACAGAAAUUUCAGUAACACUUUACAAAAAGUGUACAAGAGAAGUCCUGAACUAAUACUUUGUUUUGAAUAAAGGCAUGAACUAAUCAAGAACUAAUAGUGUGCGACAGGAGUCAUUAAUAACAGCCUUAACAUCAUGUUAGUACAUAUUUGGUGUACUGUUAGUUAAUACAUUAACACUUUCAGCUCAACUAAAUCAAAUUAUUUAUAUUACAAAGAAUGUGAAGUGGCAAACCCUACUCUGACUUUAA